CUUUGACAAUCUUCAACCUCAUAAAAAUGAAUUUUAUAUUUUUUCCAGUUUUUCUUAGUAUUCUUAGUAUUAUUAGAGCAAAAGUUCUUGAAUUGACAGAUGAGACGUUUGACAAUGUUGUUGGAGGAGAUAGACCGGUUUUAGUUAAGUUCUACGCACCUUGGUGCACACAUUGUAAGAGAUUGGAGCCUAUAUAUGAAGAGCUUUCUACGUUAUAUCAUGGGAAGAGAGUUCUUAUAGCACGUGUAAACGCAGAUAUUCAUCAUGAACUUGGGAAGAGAUUUGGAAUAAAGGGAUUUCCUACUAUCAAGUGGUUUAGUGCUAAAUCUAAAAAUGGAAAACUCUAUAAUAGUGAUCGAAGUCUCAGCUCUUUUAUAGAUUUCAUUGAGAAAAGAACAGGGAUUAGGCCUCAUGGAGCAGUUUCAUCAGAAAAAGUUCUUGAAUUAAUACCAGAAACGUUUAAUGAAGUUGUUCUUAAUCCAGAAAAAGAUGUUCUUGUAGAUUUUUAUGCACCUUGGUGUGGACACUGUAAGAAUUUGGAACCUAUUUAUGAAAGGGUUCAUAGAUGUUUUUUAUCUGAUCAACAUAUUUCAAUUGUAAAAUUUAAUGCAGAUUUAUAUAAAGAUUUUGCUAAGGAUUACAAUAUUGAAGGAUUCCCUACUCUUAAACUUUUUCUCAAGGGCUCUUCAGGGAAAACUAUAUUGGACUAUAAUGGACCAAAUACAGAAUCAGCAAUUAUCUCUUUUAUUAACGAGAAUACUGGUACUUUUCGAGUACCUGGAGGUGAUCUUAAUACUAUGGCUGGCCGUAUAAAUGAAUUUGACACUGUUCUCGAAGAAUAUAAACAUUCUAAUCGAAAUGAUAUUCUAUUAAAAUUAAAAGAGCUGGCUUCAAAAUCAAAUAACAAUUACGGAUUAUAUUAUGUAAAAGUAUUAGAAAAAGUAAUUGAAUCCGCUGAUUAUGUCGAGAAUGAAUAUAAACGACUCGAAAAACUUCUCGUAAAUGUUCAUGAACGCAAAACGCGCGAUGACAUUCAAAUUCGAAAAAAUAUAUUAACAGUAUUUAAAAGUAAAAGCAGACCAAUCUCUGACGAACUCUAAAUACACUAAAUUAUACUUAAUUUUUUGUUUAUUUCACCA